AACAAAUAUAAUUAUUUUCAAUGAAUUUGUUCACAGCUGAAAAACCUGAUUUUGAGUUCUCCAACUCCUACUUCUUCGAUAGCCAACAUUCCAGCAUUGAGGAGAGCUUGUUCAUGGUCAGUGCCCAAGUGACCAAGGAGAAUGACUCUGAGACUAACACUGUAGAGAAGCCACAAGCUGAGGCAGCCAAGCAAGAUCAGACUAAGAUAAAUGCUAAAGUCAAGAAUAGGGUUAAAAGAAAGAAACUUACUAAGCUUGAGAGGGAGAUUAAUAAGAGAGAAAAAGAUAGACAGAGAGCUAAGAGGAAUAGAGAUAAGAAGAAAGAACAAUUUAAGAGUCUCCAGAGUCAGCUAGAUGAAGCAUAUGAUAUUGUUAAAGCUAAGGAACAGAAGAUCAGAGAGCUUGAGAGUAAAUUGGCUCGUAUGGAACAAACCGAGGUGUCUCUUUUCUAA